ACAUACACCGCACUUGAGUGGUCGGGAGCGAGAGGGGGGAGUAGCAGACCUCAGAAAUUUUUGUUGUGAGUCGAGGCUGGCUUUGUUUGGGAAAUUUUCGACGGGAAAUUUCACCCCAAAUCGGCGAUUAAGUGACGCAUCUGACACUUCGCCUCCCUCUGCAAGAUUUCGACUGAUUCGGUCUGAACGAGGAGAUGCGUCUUUUCGGGCAGAAUUUUCACGCGAGGCGCACACUUUGAUGCCGCAAAAAUUAGCCUAAGUUGAGGAGAGUGUGUUGCUGAGCGAUCAAGUUAAACAAACUCUAAAAGUCAUGGCCGUGCACGGGGCUCAGCCUAAGCGAAAAGAGAUUUACAAAUAUGAGGCACCUUGGGCUUUGUAUAGCAUGAAUUGGUCGGUGCGGCCAGACAAAAGAUUCAGACUUGCUCUCGGCAGUUUUGUGGAGGAAUACAACAAUAAGGUCCAGAUCGUCAGUCUCGAUGAAGACAACUCAGAGUUUACAGCUAAAAGUACUUUCGACCAUCCAUAUCCAACGACCAAAAUUAUGUGGAUACCAGACAGCAAAGGGGUAUUUCCCGAUCUGCUUGCUACAAGUGGAGACUAUUUGCGGGUGUGGAGGGCAGCUGACGCGGAUACCAGACUGGAGUGCGUUUUGAAUAACAACAAGAACUCUGACUUCUGCGCACCGCUGACUUCGUUUGACUGGAACGAAGUUGAUCCCAAUUUAAUCGGCACCUCCAGCAUAGACACCACCUGCACCAUCUGGGGCUUGGAAACUGGUCAGGUUCUUGGACGAGUCAACUUGGUCACAGGGCACGUGAAAACGCAGCUCAUUGCCCAUGACAAAGAGGUCUACGACAUUGCGUUCAGCAGAGCUGGCGGUGGCCGUGACAUGUUCGCGUCGGUUGGUGCCGACGGUUCGGUGCGCAUGUUUGACUUGAGGCACUUGGAGCACUCGACCAUAAUAUAUGAGGACCCGCAGCACACUCCUCUGCUGCGUCUUGCGUGGAAUAAACAAGACCCGAAUUAUCUGGCCACAGUAGCCAUGGAUGCCUGUGAGGUAAUCAUCUUGGAUGUGCGUGUGCCGUGUACUCCUGUUGCCCGUCUUAACAAUCACCGGGCAUGUGUCAAUGGGAUUGCCUGGGCACCUCAUUCUUCGUGUCACAUCUGCACUGCAGGAGAUGAUCACCAAGCGCUAAUAUGGGACAUCCAGCAGAUGCCGAGGGCAAUCGAAGACCCAAUUCUGGCCUACACCGCAGCUGAGGGCGAAAUCAAUCAGAUCCAGUGGGGGGCGACCCAGCCCGACUGGAUCGCAAUCUGCUACAACCGGUCCCUCGAGAUUUUGCGGGUGUAGACAACCAGAGCAUUUAUACUUGAAGAUACGUGCUAAGUUGUGAGCCCCCGCCAUGUAGAUAGUGAGAAGGGCUUGGAAACGAGAAGGGAACAAACUUUGUGCGGGAAAGAAUUCUCUCGGCCGCCGCAGACAACGGGUUUUUCACCGUCAUGAUCUCUGGGGUCUCAAAAUGCGUGUUUGUGUUUCCGGGCCCUUCCGAGAAUCCCUACACCUCCACGAUGACAGAAAAACACAUGCAGACGGAUGACGGAGAAUCUGCUAAUUUUGUGAUAACGCCAAAUUAAAUUAAUGUCCAUCGUCUGCCUAGUGUUAAGCUAAGCUUACGAAUGCGUUCUUGUUGCGUUGCAUUGGAGGAAGGAAAUCAAAUAAUGAAGCUGGCAAAAUGUUUCUUCGCACCCAUUUCGAUGAUGCAAAUUUUCUACUCCAAUAUUUUACUCACUGAAAUUUAAUAAUUAAUUAUAUAAUGACCCAAAUUUGUCGAUGGAAAGAUCUGUGUAUGUCGUCUUGUGACAGUUGUGACUGUAAAUUAGUGAUGAAGUCCUUUGUAGCCACAAUACAUUAUAUCUGGUCGCUCGUGUGCACAUGUGUAAAUUAAAUUGGUUGGUAUAAUUAUUAUCACUAUACAUUAGCAAAUUAGUCGAAAUUUGACAAGAAUUUUGAUUUUUAUCUGUACUAAAUCAAAUAAAGAAGGAGCAACAGAAUUUA